AACAAAAAACACAUUACUAUACUAUUUGUAAUAAUUAAACAAAAAAUAUUGGAUUUCUUUUAAUUAACCGUGUGUAAAUAUAUAGAAUUUUUUCCGAUGCAACUCAUUUCUAUAUACUUAAUUUUUUUAAAUUGCAUUUGUCUUCAAUCUAAAGCUCAAUUUUAUUAAAAAUAAAAACAGAAAACUUAACAAAUUUAUAUUAAAAAUCUGUUUACAGAAAAUUUAAUUUUAUUAUUUAAGAUUUUUUUGUUUGUAAAUUGCCAAUUAAUGAGUAGUUUAGAGCAGCAACAUAAAAGUAUUUUCCAAAGACUAACAAACAUGUUGAAUCGUCAGUACGCCGACUUAAAUUAUACAAAAGUCUUCUUUUACAAAAACUAAAAAGUUAAAACAAAUAAAAAUACACACACAAAAUAAAAAUAUCGCAACACAGAAGUAUUAAACAAAUUUUUCUUAAAUUAUUUAGUCUUUUUAUUAAUUUUCUUUUUUUUUGUUGAUAUUUUGUUUAAAAAGUUUCUCUAAAUAUUAAAUAGUAUUUUUUUUUAAAUUAGAUUUUAAUUAUUUAUUUACAAUUUUAUCUAACUUAAAUUUUUGCCUAUAAAAAUCCUAUAUAGUAACUAAUCCAUUUUUGUUUAAUAAAAAAUAAUAAAAUAAUUAUUAAAAAUGAAUCACAGAAAUCCAAUUAACGUUAAAGAUUUUAUUGAUAGUAAUAAUUUCCUAAAGAGCUGCGAUAAUAGUAAUAAUCAUAAUACCGAUACACACAAAAUUAAAAUAAAUGACACACAUUUAAUUACAAAUAAUAAUGGAGUACCACCAGGACACUACACACAGGAUGACAAAUAUAAAUUAUUUACUAUUUAUGGAAAUGACACCGACAAUGACAAAUUGUCCGGUCUUCCACAUUCGACAACUGGUUCACUAAGCUCAAUCAUCACGACGUCAAUAGCAUCAUCAGAACCUGAUCCAGGAUCGGAUAGGGGCGGUGCAGGUGGUGGUAAUGAUGGCGGUGGAAGUAGUGCCGGAAAUCCGGGUAGUGCUGAUGAAAAACAAGCAUUGAAUCGUCCUGGGGUGAAGCAAGAAAAAUGGAUGACAAUAUUGGUGCAAGUAUCAAUACCAUUCUUUUUGGCUGGUAUUGGUACAAUUGGUGCUGGGAUUAUUUUGGGAAGAGUCGAGAAAUGGAAAGUAUUCAAGUCGAUUUCUCAGCUUUUUAUUCUGGUUCCUGCGCUUCUUGGCUUAAAAGGAAAUCUAGAUAUGUGCCUAGCAUCUCGACUUUCAACCCAAUCCAAUCUCGGCAACAUGGCAAUACGCAAGGAAAUUGUAAAAAUGGUUGUCGGCAAUAUAGCUUUAGUUCAGGUCCAGGCGACAGUUGCGUCCUUUCUAGUUUCAUUGUUUGCCAUCUCAGUUGGUGCUGCCAUGGAUGGAAAGUUCGACUUUACUCAUACCAUGUUGUUAAUUGCCGCAAGUAUGUUUACUGCUACCUCGUCCUGCUUUGUUCUAGAUUUUGUGUUAGUGGCUGUGGUAUUAUUAUCUAAGAGAUUUCGAUUAAAUCCGGACAAUUUGGCAACUCCUUUGGCGGCGUCAAUUGGUGAUGUAGUUUCAAUUAGUGUACUUUCGUUUAUUGCAUCUCUACUUUAUGAACACUUGGAAACCCACCUAUGGAUUACCUUCGCAGUUAUUGCAGUCUAUCUUUGUCUUCUACCGAUUUGGGUAGUUAUUGUAUACAAAAAUAAAUAUACUCGUCCUAUCUUAACAAAUGGCUGGAUUCCUGUACUCUCAGCGUUGUGUAUUAGUGGAUUUGGUGGAUUGGUACUUGAUGCUUCUGUAGAUGUCUUUUACGGUUUUGUUGUAUUUCAACCAAUCAUAAAUGGCAUCGGUGGUAAUUUAGUUUCAGUACAAGCAAGUAAAAUAUCUACAAUGCUUCAUCAAAGUUCAAUUCUCGGUAUUAUCCCACCACAUUCCAAAAUAUUUGAGUGGCCAUGGAGAGCAAUUUUAAAAGGAGUGCCCUAUGCCCAAUCUGCAAGAAUUCUUCUUAUGUUGUCAAUUCCCGGUCAGAUAAUUUUCAUUUUUGCAGCCGAUUAUAUUCAUAUGUCAGAAUCAACGAUUUCAAUAACAUUCGUUCUCGCCUAUCUAGGUGCAAGUUUAGUUCAGGUGUCGUUACUCUUGUAUUUAGCUCACAUUAUAAUUCAUGCUAUGUGGAAGUGGAAGAUCGAUCCCGACAACUCUGCCAUCCCAUACUUAACCGCUUUGGGUGAUCUCUUCGGAUCGAGCUUUUUAGCGCUGGCGUUCCUAUUCCUCGUGUCCAUUGGCAAGCAAUACGGUGGCGGCACGGAAGUUCUUGAUGUACCUACCUAAAUAACUAACUAAAAACAAAAAAAGAACACUUAGGAGACCAUUCUCCUUUCUUUCGGCAUCUACUCCUCAUGAUAAAUGUACCUAAUAAGAACACAAAAGCAACCUUACAGUAACCAAAUAAAACAAAACAAAACAAAAAACAAACUAAACAAAACAAAACAAAGAAAAGGAAAGUAAGUAAAAUUAUAGUUUAUAAUAAAAAAUUUACAAAGUUGUUUAGAAAGAUUCUUUAACACCAAAACGAAAAAAAUUAUAGAGUAUUCUAAGUUUUAAGAGAUUCGUAGUUAACAAGGACUUAUUAUAAAUAAAAAUAAAAACAAAUUAACUCUCUACAUAUAUUAAAAAAAAAUAAUAAUAAUAAUUAAAACAAAAACUGAGAGCAAAAAACUAAUAACAAAAUCAAAAACAUUAAUUUUUCGACAGUAUUUUUGAAAACAAUAAUAUUAAAACAAAAUUAAUUAAGGCAAAAGCAAUGAAGAAUGUUUGAAAUUCUCACUGAUUACAGGAAACCAAAAAUAUUAUUAUUUUAUUGUUUGUUGGUAUUUUGGUUCACUUUCUGUUUUGUAUUUUUUCCAUUUAAACAUUAAGCCAAUGAAUUUAUUUAUUUUUAAGCAACCUGAGGCAAUAAAUUCGUUCUAGUGUCAUUAUUAUUUUUUUUUCGUUGUUUUAAAUUUAGUCUAACAAUCAGAGUUAAUAUUUGCAAUUCCAAUUCCGAUUAACAAUUAACACAAAAACAAACAACAACAAAAAAUAAAAAACAAAAACUACAAAUAAAAUUGCAAAUAGUAUUAUAAUAUUAAAUUAUUAUUAUUGAUUGGGUUUGAUUUUUACAAGCCGAGUAUAUUAAUGUAAACAAUUUAGAAUUUAAUUUGAUUUAUUUAGCUUUAAUUACUUUUAUAAUUUAUAAAAUAUGUAUUCAAUGUAAAUUUUGUUUAGACCUAAGGAGAUGUCAACUGAAAACAAAUUAAAGUAGAAACAACAAAAAUUUAUUGUAAAUAGAUUCCAUACAAAAAAAAUAAAUACUCCCAUAUUUUUCACAAAUUACCUUCCCCUAUACUUCCUUACCAUUCACCAAAAGAAAUAAAUAUCUUUUAGUAACCAGACAGCUCCAACUUGUGUUGUGUUUGUGUAAUAACUAUUUUUUGUAUUUGAUUUAUUUACAAAAUAAAAAAUAGUUCAAUUAAGUCGAUAACGAUUUAAGAACAAAUUAUAAAAGAAGAAGAAUAAGAAAAAAAGGAAAAAUUGAAGACAUUAAAGUGUUUAAAUUAAAAUAAAUAAUAAUUAAGAUAUAAAAUGAAGGACUUGUGAUCGAUAUUAAUUACUAUGUUAUUGUUAAUAAAACAGAAAAAAAUAAUUUAUAGAAAGAGA